AUGGCCUCCCGGAGCAGUCCGAGACCAAACAAGAAUUACGAGCUGCCGGGCCGUCCCGUCGAACACUACAUUUCAUUCACAUUCGACGUUGAUAAGGCAAAAUGGUGUGGUAGGAAUACGAUCCCGAUACAUACCUUCGCCGAAAUGUAUAUUGACGGCAAAGUGGCUUUCAAUGGAGAUUGCCUCGACAUCAUGGAAUAUCGACAUGACUGGUCAAAUUUUACCCUUACGUGGGAUCUAUGCAAGUACAUUCUCUUCACGUUUGGUCUAGAUGCUCUUUUCCACACGAGAAGUCAAGAUCUGGACCAAGUGCGGCCAAACUACGACCAAGGCAACGAUCAUUACUCGUUUUUCCUCGGGCCACGCAUGGUAUACACGAGCGGCAUCAUCUCUGACCCGACCCGAGAAGAGUCGCUGGAGGAGAUGCAAGAUAACAAAAUGGCUAUUGUUUGUGAGAAACUAGAGCUCCGACCAGGCGAAUCUCUUCUUGACAUUGGAUGCGGAUGGGGAACACUUGCAAAAUUUGCCAGCGUCAAUUAUGGCGCUGAUGUAACUGGUGUUACCUUAGCUCACAAUCAAACCGCCUGGGGUAACGAAAGCCUUCGCCGAGCUGGCAUUCCCGAAGAUCAAAGCCGGAUCUUGUGCAUGGACUACCGCGAUAUCCCGCAGGAGAAGAAAUUCCACAAGAUCUCACAGCUCGAGAUGGGCGAGCACGUCGGCGUCAGGAGGCUUACUAAGUUCUUCCGCCAAUGCUACGAUAUGCUCGAGGACGACGGCUCUAUGUACGUACAACUGUCUGGACUACGACAAGCAUGGCAAUACGAAGAUUUCAUAUGGGGGUCGUUCUUAAACAAGUAUAUAUUUCGUGGUGCGGACGCGUCCACGCCGCUUUGGAAUUACGUUAGAUCUCUUGAGAGGGCUGGUUUUGAGAUCAAGGGGUGA